GGACUCUUAAGUUCUCAGCAUCGGUGUAGCUUCACCAAGAGGCGCAGCCGAGCAGCUUUCCAGCAGGACGCACGGUUCAGGAGAGACAAAAAAAGAAAGGAUGCUGAGCCGAGCAGAUCCUGGAGCUGCAGCUUCAUCUCUUCAGCGCAACCGCGGGAUCCUCCUGUAACUUUUAAUGUGCUGAAGUUAAUCUCAGCUCUUCUGUUGCUCUGCUUUGUCCGGUUCGGCUAAGUGCUGCUCCUCUGCCAUGGUUGGUUCGUCAGCCCACAAUGCGCUCUUCCUGUGCGCCUUUCUCCAGCUGUUCCCCCUGCCCGGCGGACAGGUGCCAAACUGCCAGGAGGUGCGCACAGUGUUUCAGUCUCUGCACCCGGGCUCCAAAUGGGUCCCCGAAACCCCGGUGUCAGGUUCAGAUCUGCAGGUUUGCCAAACCAAAGGCCCGACCUGCUGUUCCAAGAAGAUGGAGGAACGGUAUCAGGUAGCCGCGCGCAGCAACAUGGAGUCUGGUCUGCAGGUUGUUAGUGCUCAACUCAAACGCCUCAUCAUCCAGAACGCUGCCAUAUUCCAAGAGGCCUUUGACCUGGUGCUGCGCCACGGCCGUAACUCCACCCUUGCCAUGCUGAAGUCAGAGUUCCCAAGUCUUGCAGGUGGGGCCCAGAGCCUUGUGGGGCAGCUCUUCCUGGACAUGUCUCUCUACAUCCUUGGCUCAGACUCCACAGUGGACCACAUGGUGGCGGUGCUCUAUGGCCGCCUCUUCCCCCUCGCAUACCGCCGCCUUCUGGGGGGCAGCGUGUCGUCUGUGUCUGAGGAGUGUGUAAGAGGAGCCUGGAAGGACUCAGGAGCAUUUGGCCCUUAUCCCAAACUGAUGAUGACCCGUCUGUCUCGCUCCCUCCUGGCCACACGAGUCUUCCUGCAGGCGCUGAACCUGGGCAUCGAGGUUGUCAACACAACAGACCACCUGCGGCCCAGCCGGGACUGCAGCAGGGCCCUGCUGAGGCUGUGGUACUGCCCGCACUGCCAGGGCAUGCUGGGACCGCCCGCCUGCAGAGGCUUCUGUCAGGCAGUGAUGCAGGGCUGCCUCGGGGGAGCGGCCGAGGUGCAGCCUCACUGGAGUAGCUACGUAGACGGACUGGGGAAGCUGGCUGGUUCCAUGAGGGCAGAGAAGGACAUGGAGGCUGUUGUUCUUAGACUGCCUUCAAUGAUCAGACUGGCUCUUAAGCACGCUGUGAACUCACGCAGCCGCCUCAGCACCCUGGUGAGCGGGAUGUGUGGACACACUCCUCAGCGGGCCUCUCGCUCAGUCAGAUCUCCUCCUCCCCAGCCUCCUGCUGUCUCUGCAGCCCGCAACGCACAGCCGUCAUCCUCAGACUCUGAUGAGACUUUGGCUGGUCUCCGCAGGGAGUUCAUAUCCAACCUGAGGGGCUUCAGCUUCUUCUACAGUGGUCUUGGGGAGGCAUUGUGCAGCCGCGAGCCUGCUCCAGCGAACCACUCCCUCUGCUGGAAUGGGCAGGAGAUGACAGACAGGUUUCCCGGGCCUGGCUUGAAGCGACUACACCCCAGCUCUGAGUCCAGGAGCAACAAGCCCCCUGAGCCAAUAAUCAGCCAGAUCAUAGACAAACUCAAACACAUCAACCAGUUACUACGUCUUGUGGUAUCUGAGAAGCGCUGGAAAGCCCGGUCGCGUGGCGGCGGUGGAGUGGAUGGGUGGAGCGAUGAAGGAGAAGAGGGAUUCGAGAGCGGCGACUGCGACGAUGAAGACGAGUGCACCGGGGUGUCAGGGCUGGGGCCGCCACUGAGACGCAAGCGGUUGCGCAUCUUUGCAGACCUUGCUGAUAACCUGGCAAUGGACGACUUCACCUUCCAGGAGCAGCUGCUGACCCCUCGGUUGGCUACAGCCGGUGUCGGAGGCGUCUCCUCACCUGCGGCUCCACUCUGGAGGAGCUAUCUGGUCCCGACGCUCCCUAUGACGCUUGCUCUGAUCCUGAUUUGUCACCACUGACCAGUGAACUCACGCUCUCACUCUCCCAUCACCUCUUUACCUUAGGAUUCAAUACAAACUCUGUGGAAAAAACGUUCUGGUUCCUGAUGUAAAGUGCAGUGGGUCAUCAAAGGAAGCAUGAGCAACAGAAAAUGCUACAUUUCUCGUUAUCUGUCUCAAAAAGAACUUGUUUUGUUUUAUUAAAAAUCACUGGAUGUUCUCAACAAACCUAUUAAAGCACACCAGAUAAACCCAUUGUGUAAAUAAGAAACCUGCCCUCUGGUCUACUCCCACUAUGGUUGUUACAACUUUUGUGCUCUUGCCUCACCUCCACUUUGCUCUCAUACUGAUCCCCAUCUUUAGUCAGCUUUGUCAUAGCCUUACAAGUGCGGAGCCACUUGGAAAACAGACACACAAAUGACCCUUUUAAAAUGUUUCCACACCAGUCUGCAACAAGUUACUGCCCUGCAGGAACAAGCUGGAGGAAGAGGAACGCUGUCAGGAACAGACCUCAGCUGGUUGCUGGUUUUAGCGAACACCUUAUACCAGAAGGCUGAGGUGAAACCUACAUUUAAAGAUGCACUGUACCUUCAAAUGCUCUGUUGCCACUUAAAUCCCCUUCUUCCUCUCUCAUUGUUUGUGUCCUAGUGAUAGCUAUGUUAUUUCAGACUGAUCCCCUCAGCUGUCAGUGUUUGCUUUAUUAUGUAACGCUGAUGAUUUUCUAAACAGUAACAGCCCUAUGAUCAAUCAAAGACUCAAGGGCUAUCAACAGAGUCUCCAAAUCAGCCUGAUAACUGUACAGAUGUAUGUGUCUCUGUGUUGGUGCCAUGUUUACAAAAAUAUGUUGAUUUACAAUAUUGACAUAUUUCACAAGAAAUGUGGUUUGUGGACUGAAUUAUUGGCUGGACUGUGAAGCAUUGCUGCAUUUCUAGCUUAUUCUUUAGCACUGUGGGUAAAGCGAGGAGUAAUGUGAAAUAUAAAUAUGUGUAAAAAAUAUGUGUAAAUUGAUUUGUUAUGUUGGAUUGCACUGGGCUCAUACAUUCUAAAAUUCUUACCUUUGUAUUGAAUUAUUUGUCUUUGGAUGUUUUAUUUAAACCAGAAGUCAGAUUUUUUUAAUUGUUUGUUUAAUUUUGUUUGAUUUUAAAAAAGGAAAUGUGGUGAAAACUGGAUUCCAGCUCCCUUGUUGUUGAGAAUGGGGGACAUGUGAUGGAUGUGUGGAAAGACACUAAUUAAAAGCUGGAAAUGUGUCUGCUGCUGCCACCCAGCUGACUUCACAGCUGUGAGUGUUGACUGUACUCACUCCAGACUAUUUGACUUGUCAUAUCAGGUGAAGCACAGCCGUAACUAAUAACAGUAACAAUGGCUCUGUUCCAUGUAUGUAUGCCAGCAAGUCAUGUCCGUGGUCCAGCAUGCAGAGCACCGGGGUCCUGACACUGGAACACAUAAACAGAAUGCAGCCCUAAUUAAUGUUAUUAGUUAGAGAGAGGUCUGUUGUGACCUGUCAUCCAGGCCGAUGGCAGAGCCAGGAAUGGAGGUCGAUACAAACAAAGCAGCAUGUGAGAUGAAGUUGAAUGUUGAUGGAGAAGGUAUA